AUGGUCUCCGGCAUCUACUUCUGCCACUGGCCCGCCCGCAGUGGCCAGUACCUGCGGUGCGAGGUGCUCCUACAUCGCAGCUACCAUAACGACGUGCCCUCUGCGGAUUUGGUGGUGGCUGCGUUUGCCGCCAUGUACCAGGCGCAGCCGCCGUGGCAGCGCACGCCGUUCACGUGCCACCGGGGCACGUCGUACAUUUCUCUCUGGGCCGAAAACGACAUGCUCCUUCUCGCGGUGGCCCGCCGGAACGUGGACGCCAUGCUGGUGAUGGCGCUUCUAGGCCAGCUCCACUCGCUCGUGUGCCACUACUUCCACCGGGCCGGCGCGCACGGCCCGGCCGCCGGGCCGCCCCAUCCGUCCGAGCCGGGCGUCUUGCCGUUUUCCCGCGACGCCGUGGUGGAUAACUACGCCCUAGUAUACGAGCUCUUGGACGAGUGCGUGGACUUCGGCCUCGCGCAGGUCACGGACUACAACAUCCUCAAGGAGUACAUCAAGAUGGACGUCCACCGGGGCCACGGCGCCGGGCUGGAUGGCGGCGCCCUGGGCGAUUCGGCGCUGGACUCGGACCUGCCGUCGGGCGUUCCGGCGGCCCGGUCCCAGGCCCUGAAACACGGCCGCAAACAACGCCAGAACACCCCCGUCAAGUCCACACACAACCGGGCCGACCGCACGGACGUGGUCAACGACGCCGCGGCCCGCUACGUCAACAGUUCCAUUGUGCGCACGCAGGUUUCUGCCAUCAGCUGGCGGCCCAAGGGCAUCUUCUACCCGAAGAACGAGAUCUACAUCGACGUGGUGGAGCAGUGUGACUUUCUCUACGACCUCGAGGCCCGCGCGGUGCGCACCAACGAGAUCUCGGGCGUGUGCAUGGUGCGCUCGUACCUCUCGGGCAUGCCGGUGUGCAAGUUGGGGCUCAACGAGAGGUACAUUUCGCAGGUCGAGCACGACGGGGCUCUUGUAUCGGGGAAUCCGCUCUCGCACGGGCGGCGCGAGGGCAACCAGAUCCGGGGCGCCGGCAUGGGGCUCAUGCGCGUGCCCAUCACCAACGUCCAGUUCCACCUGUGCGUGCAGCUCUCCAAAGUGUACGAGGAAAACCUCGUUUUCUUCACGCCGCCAGACGACGAGUUCCGCUUGUUCUCCUACAGCGUGGAGCAGCAGCGGCGCAAGCGGGCCGAGCCCUUGCUCAUGGUGCUGCCCGUGUUCCGCGUGGUGCUGCUGGAGAAAAAGCUCCAGAUCAUGUGCACGCUCCACACCAGUUUCCGCAAGCGGCUCCACUGCAACAACGUCGUGGUGAAGAUCCCGGUGAGCACCGCGCUCUUCCCCUUGAACAACUCCAGUGCCGACAACUUCAGGUUCAAGUGCGAGUCGGGCGAGGCGCGCUUCAGCGUAGACUCCCUGCUGGUCUUCUGGGCCAUCGGCGACUUGCCGGGGUCCAAGAAGGCCGUGCGCUUGAUGGCCGAGCUUUCGCUCUCCAGCUGCGACCAUCUUUCCGAAAGGGCCGUUGCCGCGGAAUUCCACCGGCACGCCCGCCACCAGAACAGAAACCAGGGCGGCUCCCCCGCCGAGCACGACUCCGCAUCGGACGACGAACCAUCGCCCAUGUCGGACUUGGAUAAGUACUACGGCGUGGGCCACGCGUCUUCCUCGGUGUUUACCCAGCUACGAGCGACCGCCGAGGACGCGGCGCACGAGAUCUCGGUCUCGUUCGAAAUGCCCAUGUUCACCUACUCGGGGCUCAAAGUGACCUAUCUACGGGUGGACGAGGACACAAUGAAAUACACGUGCUUUCCCUGGGUGCGGUAUGCUACCCGGGCCAGCGCCGAUUCCGGAGCGGGCGCCAAGUUCCGUUAUCGGAUGGGGCCGUCCAACUUCAUAAUCCUGUGA